AUGCUCUCGAAUUGUCUGCUAAGAUUCCCUUCGCAGGUUUCGGUACACCUACUUCAUUUUUGCGCCCGCAACAUAUGUGUGUCGCCUGCCCUCAUGUCCAAAGGUCGCACUUACGAAAGCCGUCCUGUACCUGAUUCAGAGGAUGCUCUUCACCCCUUGGCAUGGGCUGAGAGGCUGUUCGAUCUGAAAAAACUGCGAAAAGACUUCAAACCCUGUGAAGAACCUUCACCAGUUCUCAUGGUCUGCCGGCUGAAACCUUGGAAAGGCAUCCACUUUUACGAGAAGGGUUUUUUAGAAAAAUAUGGCAUGGGACCGUCAACUAAGCUCACUCCUAUUGACGUGAAUCCUAAGUAUCUGAGUCGAGACUAUCUCAGGCAGUGGCACAAUCAGCGAUGGGAGCAGAACAAACUGUUUUCGGAAUUCUUCACUUCCCAUUACAAAUAUCGGCUCAAUCAAGAUGGCCAAGAAUACCGAUACAGCGGAUUAUGGCGUUUAGAUGAUGCCAUGCGGCAGUCUAUUAGACAACGCCUUAAUCCUGACGGGACGUACAAGCCCAGAAACAAUUCUAGGUUUGAAGCUGACUGGAAUACCUAUCCUUGGUCUUUCUACUGA